AGUUGUAAUCCGCCAAUAAAUCAAAGAAGAAGAUUGUGUUGCAGCUUCACGCAGCUAAAACCGCAAUUUACACGCAGUCCACCCCGGGAGAGUAUUCGUACGUUGAUGUCGAUUCAACACAUUUUGCAGGGAUAAACACGGCCACACGUCCAAUCAGACAAAACACCAAAUCAGCAGAUCUAAUUUGACGGAGCAGCGAAAUUGCUGGAAAAGGGCAAUUCAACACUUCGGAUGGGACCAUCUUUGUUCUGCUAGUAACAUGGAUCUUGGACUUCCAUUUAGUCCUGGCUGUGCUGAAACACACCAUGUUGACCUUAGAGUGAUCGUGAAAGAGGAAGAUAUAAAAGAGGAGGACUAUGGUCAUAUGAUUGCAUGUCCAGAUGAAGAAGAAAAGCUUUUUGCAGAGUUUCACUGUAAAUCUGAAACAGACGUCACAGAGACACCAGAGUCUACUUACAAUGAAAUGCUACCAACAACAGUGAAGACUGAAGUGAAGAAAGAGGAGGAGGAAGAGGAGGAACAACAUGAACAUCUGCUGGAAAGAUCUAUAAUGCAACAGAAGAUCCAUGGACAGAGUGAUGAACUCAACUUGCAACUCAAAGGAACGCUGCACCACUGCUCAGUUUGCAGGAAGAGUUUCACGGCCCUGAAAGAACUUGAGAAACACCAGAAAACACACUCCAUUAGGGUGAAUGAAAAGGAGAAGUCUCGCAAAAUGCAACAUAAAUAUUCUCAUUGUGAACAAGUUACAUCAUCCUCAUUAGUUAACCACCACAUGCUUACACACACUGGAGAGAAACCUCAUAAAUGUGCCCAGUGUGGCAAAGGUUUUUCAUAUAGUUCAGCUCUUAAAAGACACAUGCUAGUACACACUGGAGAGAAGCCUCAUAAAUGUUCCCAGUGUGGAAAAGCUUUUUCACAAAUGUCGGCUCUUAAAGGCCACAUGCUUAUACACAGUCGAGAGACCAAUAAAUGUAACCAGUGUGGAGAAGGUUUUAAAACAUCCUCAAUUCUUAAAUGUCACAUGCUCAAACAUUCUGGAGAGAAGCCUCAUAAAUGUGUCCAGUGUGGUAAAGCUUUUUCACUUAGAUCAACUCUAAAAAAACACAUGCUUAUACACAGCGGAGAGAAGUCUCAUAAAUGUGUCCAGUGUGGAAAAGCUUUUUCACUUAGUUCAACUCUUAAAAAACACAUGCUUAUACACAGCGGAGAGAAGCCUCAUAAAUGUGCCCAGUGUGGAAAAGCUUUCGCAACAUCCUCAAUUCUUAAAUUUCACAUGCUUAAACAUACUGGAGAGAAGCCUCAUAAAUGUGUCCAGUGUGGUAAAGCUUUUUCACUUAGUUCAACUCUUAAAAAACACAUGCUUAUACACAGCGGAGAGAAGCCUCAUAAAUGUGUCCAGUGUGGAAAAGCUUUUACAACAUCCACAAUUCUUAAAUUUCACAUGCGUACACAUACCGGAGAGAAGCCUCAUAAAUGUGUCCAGUGUGGAAAAGCUUUUUCACAAAGUUCAACUCUUAAAAAACACAUGCUUAUACACAGCAGAGAGAAGCCUCAUAUAUGUGCCCAUUGUGGAAAUGCUUUUACAACAUCCACACAUCUGAAAUUUCACAUGUGUACACACGCAAGAGAGAAUCCUCAUAAAUGUGCCCAGUGUGGAAAAGCUUUUACAACAUCCGCAAUUCUUAAAUUUCACAUGCGUAUACAUACCGGAGAGAAGCCCCAUAAAUGUGCCCAGUGUGGAAAUGCUUUUACAACAUCCACAACUCUUAAAUUUCACAUGCUUACACAUACCGGAGAGAAGCCUCAUACAUGUGUCCAGUGUGGAAAAGCUUUUUCACAAAGUGCAACUCUUAGAAGACACAUGCUUAUACACACUGGAGAGAAGCCUCAUAUAUGUGCCCAGUGUGGAAAAGGUUUUUCAGUAAUUUCAACUCUUAGAAUACACAUGCUUACACACACUGGAGAGAAGCCUCAUACUUGUACCCAGUGUGGAAAAGGGUUUUCACAAACUUCAACUCUUAGAAUACACAUGCUUACACACACUGGAGAGAAGCCUCAUAAAUGUGUCCAGUGUGGAAAAGCUUUUGUAGCAAUGUCAAACUUAUCACGUCACAUGCAAACACACACUGGAGUGAAGCCUCAUGUAUGUUCCCAGUGUGGAAAAGCUUAUUAUAAUGGCUCAGCUCUUAAAAAACACAUGCUUACACACACUGGAGAGAAGCCUCAUAAAUGUGUCCAGUGUGGAAGAGCUUUUUCACAAAGUUCGUCUCUUAAAAAUCACAUGGUAACGCAUACCGGGGAGAAGCCUCAUACAUGUACCCAGUGUGGAAAAGCUUUUUCACAAAUUUCAAAUCUUAAAUUCCAUAUGCUAACACACACAGGAGAGAAGCCUUAUAUAUGUGCCCAGUGUGGAAAAGCUUUUACAACAAGUUCAGCUCUUAAAACCCACAUGCGAAUACACACUGGAGAGAGGCCUCAUAAAUGUGUCCAGUGUGGAAAAGCUUUUAGACAAACUCAAAAUCUUAAAACCCACAUGUUUACACACACUGGAGAGAAGCCUCAUAAAUGUACCCAGUGUGGAAAAGCUUUUUCACAAAUUUCAAAUCUUAACAUACACAUGCUAAUACACACUGGAGAGAAGCCUCAUAAAUGUCAACAUUGUGAAAGAGGUUUUGGAAAACGUUCAAAUCUUAAAACCCAUAUGCUAACUCACACUGGAGAGAAGCCUCAUAAAUGUCUCCAUUGUGAAAGCAGUUUUGGACAACGUUCACAUCUUAAAACCCAUAUGCUAACUCACACUGGAGAGAAGCCCCAUAAAUGUGUCCAGUGUGGAAAAGGAUUUCCUCACCCUGCAAAUCUUAAAACCCAUAUGCUAACUCACACUGGAGAGAAGCCUCAUAAAUGUGUUCAGUGUGGAAAAGCAUUUCCUCACCCUGCAAAACUUAAAAUUCAUAUGCUAACUCACACUGGAGAGAAGCCUCAUAAAUGUGUACAGUGUGGAAAAGCAUUUCCGCACCCUUCAAAGCUGGAAACCCAUAUGGUAACUCACACAGGAGAGAAGCCUCAUGAAUGUGUCCAGUGUGGGAAAAUGUAUUCAUUCAUGUCUAAUCUUAAACGCCAUAUGCUAAUACACACUGGAGAGAAGCCUCAUAAAUGUGUCCAGUGUGGGAAACCGUUUUCAACAAUGUGUAGUCUUAAACGCCAUAUGCUAGUACACACUGGAGAGAAGCCUCAUAAAUGUAACCAGUGUGGAAAAGUAUUUAGACACCUCCAAUCUCUCCAACAUCAUUUUCUAAUACAUACGGGAGAGAAGCCUCAUAAAUGUGUUUAUUGCAGAAAAGUAUUCAGAACAUCCAAAAACCUUAGAUGCCACAUACUUACACAUACUGACAAGAGUCUUCAUAAAUGUGUCCAGUGUGGAAAAGGUUUUUCACUCAGGUCAAGUCUUUCACGCCACAUGCUUGUACACAAAGGAGAGGAGCCUAAUAAAGGAAUGAAGCCACCUAGUGGAGAGAAAUCUCAUGAAUGUACCCAGUGUGGAAAAGGUUUUAGAUUGGCUGGAAACCUUAAAAUUCACAUGCUAGUACACACUGGAGAAAGCCAUCAUAAUUGUUCCCAGUGUGGAAAAUCAUUUAGAACAUCCCAAGAUCUUCAACGUCACAAGUUUACACAUACUGGAGAAAAGCCUCAUGAAUGUGUCCAGUGUGGAAAACGUUUUUCAUUCAGUUCAACUCUUAAAAAACACAUGCUAAUACACACUGGAGAGAAGCCUCACAAAUGUACCCAGUGUGGAAAAGCUUUUUCACAAAUUUCAAAUCUUAAUAUACACAUGCUAAUACACACUGGAGAGAAGCCUCAUAAAUGUCUCCAUUGUGAAAGAGGUUUUGGAAAACGUUCAAAUCUUAAAACCCAUAUGCUAACUCACACUGGAGAGAAACCUCAUAAAUGUGUUCAGUGUGGAAAAGCAUUUCCUCACCUUGCAAAUCUUAAAAUCCAUAUUUUAACUCACACUGGAGAGAAGCCUCAUGAAUGUGUCCAGUGUGGGAAAAUGUAUUCAUUAAUGUCUAGUCUUAAACGCCACAUGCUAAUACACACUGGAGAGAAGCCUCAUAAAUGUCUCCAGUGUGGGAAACCGUUUUCAACAAUGUGUAGUCUUAAACGCCAUAUGCUAGUACACACUGGAGAGAAGCCUCAUAAAUGUAACCAGUGUGGGAAAGUAUUUAGAUACCUCCAAUCUCUCCAACAUCAUUUUCCAAUACAUAUGGGAGAGAAGCCUCAAAUGUGUUUAUUGCAGAAAAGUAUUCAGAACAUCCAAAAACCUUAGAUGCCACAUACUUACACAUACUGACAAGAGUCUUCUUAAAUGUGUCCAGUGCGGAAAAGAUUUUUUAGCAAUAUCUAGUCUCAAAUGCCAUAUGCUAGCACACACUUGAAGAGAUGAUUGUGGAGGUGGUGAAUAUGUUCAAAGUCACAAUGGUGAAGUAAAAAUGGCUUUGAAUUGAAAAAUACUGGAAUGAAUCAAUUGAUUUAAUUAAUUUCAAUAGGGUUUGGUUAAAACAACAUUGAUAUGGUGAGAAAAUGACCAUUCUGAAUAAAUUAUAAUCUAUAGAUGAUGUACAAUGAGUUUCAUGUCAAUCAGUGGCCACUGGCUAGUUUAUUUUAUAUUGAAAAUUAUUAGAAAAGUUGACCAUUUUGAAGCAGAAUUUGUAUUUUCUUUUUUCUAUUUGUCUUUGUCAUGAACAUUAAGACUGCACAUAGGCCUAUGCCUAUUGAUACAAUAUUUGAUUGAUACAGCUUUUUCCUUUUCUUCUUUAUUAUUGACACAUAGGCCUGUCAGUCAUGAUGAUUGGCACCCUUGGGUGCCCUGCUUAGGCGGGUGCUGAAUGAAUGGUCAUGUGAUAUGGGCCACACUCUUCCUGUUACCCACAUGCCUGACGAAGAUCCAGGGUGAUCGAAACGUUGCUAUGUUUUUAAAGUAAUAAAGUUUAUAUUUUUGGAGCAA